AUGCAGAUCCGAAGCAUCUCUAUUUCGUCCUCGAUUCUCGCAGCCAUAUCAGGCGACUCGAACAAGCCCGACAAACCGAGUCUCAAAAAGCGCAUCUUUCGCGUUCUCGCCUCUUUCCUCUCCGUCUUCCACCUUCCCCUCGCCCGAUACCGCGCCGCAGACUUCCUCGAGCUUCGACACAAUGUCUGGCACCUCGACGAGGACGAGUACACAAACUCCUUCCACCUCGCAAAGAAGGCUGCCAAGGGCAAGGGCCGCGAAUCCGAUCUAAAGCCCGUCGGCGAUCUAGGGUACAGCGGCUCGACCUUUUUCACGACGGCCGAUGGCAAGUUUCUUAUCAAGUCGCUGCCCCGCCGAUUCGAGCACGAAUUCUUCACGCAUGACUUGUUCGACGCGUACGUCGCGCACAUGAAGAGACAUCCCCACAGCUUACUGGUACGCAUCACCGAUAUGGCGUAUACCGCGAAAGCGACGAUUGGCGGGAUCCUCGGCAUGGCGCCAACGCACCACAUAAUCAUGGAGAACCUGAUGUACGGCAAGAAGGAGGAGGAAACCGAUCACCGAAGGAACCAGUGGGAGACGUACGACCUCAAGCCGAACGAUUACUUCUUCCCCGAGCGGGACAUUGCCAACGGGAAUCUGGCGCCAGACAGCGUCAAGGAGAGGUUGAUUGACGAGUUUGAAGACAAGGUCCGCGUCACACCCGUCCAGAAGAAGGAGCUGCUCGAUCUCCUCGAAGCCGACACGCAACUCCUCGCCGACAACAACGCCGUCGACUACUCCCUCUUCAUGGUGCGCUUCCCCGGCCCCAACGUGCUCGAUGAAGCCCGCGACGUUCCCGUCAUCCAGUCGGACGCCCACCCGUGGCGCACUGGCCUGACGGACGCCGAUGGCAACUGGACCUACCGCAUGAUCGUCCUUGACUUUUUCUGGGCCAAGCACAAGUUCCGUGCCAAGGCCAUGACGGGACUCGUCAAGUCGUACAACGUGUUUGCUGGACACGGCCCCAUGAGCAUUACUGCUAACCCUGUCGAGUACCGUGAGAGGUUUCUCAACAUGAUUCGGGAUUUCGUCAUUGAGGUGUGA